CAGGAACACGGAGCCAGUGUUCCAGAUUUCUUCUUCUCUCUAACAGAUGCUGCUGCUGCUGCGGGGUCAGUGUUAUGUUGUGAACAAAUAAUAACAGAGCCCUAAAAACAGCCACAGAAGAAGGGGGAAAUCCACAUCACCAUUGCGUCUUUUUGACUGCAGGAAUAGGACCAAGAUAAUGUGAUAAACAAAAGCUUCAACUCUCGACAAACGCCUUUUAUCCCCCCCUUUUUUUUUUUCUUUUUUUUUGGGGGUUUCCGUCUUUUUGUUACACAGGUGCUCUAGUCCUGCUAACCUUUCUCACUACCUGUGCACUUCAGAAGCGGUCGAUUUCAUCCAUCUGCUCGCGCGGAAGAAGCUGCGGCUUGUUGGUAAACACGAAUCCGACCCCGCCGGCAAGGACUCCCUCUGGUGCAUUGAUGCACCCGUUUCAGUGGUGUAACGGGUGCUUCUGUGGUCUGGGACUGGUUUACUCCAACAAGUCGUGCACCAUGCCACCCAUCACCUUCCAGGACCUUCCACUCAACAUCUACAUGGUCAUCUUUGGGACUGGUAUAUUUGUCUUCAUCCUGAGCCUUAUCUUCUGCUGUUACUUUAUCAGCAAACUACGGCACCAAGCCCAGAGUGAGCGCUUUGGAUACAGAGAGGUGGUUUUAAAAGGGGAUCCAAAAAAGCUGAAUCUUCACGGGCAGACGUGCGCCGUGUGUCUGGAGGACUUCAAAGUGAAAGAUGAGCUGGGGGUGUUGCCAUGCCAACAUGCUUUCCACAGGAAGUGUCUGGUUAAGUGGCUGGAAGUGCGCUGCGUCUGUCCCAUGUGUAACAAACCCAUAGCCGGUCCCCCAGAGCAACACCACAGCAUAGGGACUCUACUGGAUGAACUGGUGUAACUGGUCAACUUCUCACCAGCCUGGAUGCUUUGGACCAAACCAGCUGGUUUAAGUUAUCAGCCAACAGGAAGAGGGAAACUGUAACGCUGUUGUAACGCAGCUAAAAAGCCAACAUGACGAGAGUGAGUUGGGGUAACCUAGUUACCACCCAAAGGACUAUAAAGAUGCUGUUGCCUAGCAACCUCCAUCUCAGAUAUGGCAGCACGACACCUUGUAGUGUCUGAGAGAUUAUCUCCAGCCACCCACACAUCACUCCACCACUCUUCUUUCAUCAUCCCCCCUCUUCACCCGCUCCGUCACAUCCUCUCCUGCAGUCUUGAGUGAGGUAAAUGGCACCGCCCGCUGAAGUGCAGGAGAUGCUGAUGUCAAGGCGAUGUGUUAAAGUAAGUGUUGGAGGAGAACAGGAGGAGGCACUGGGCAUGAAUGAAUGUCAUUUGUUGUGUUGGUCACUGAAAGUUUUAGUGGCCUCGGCUGUCAAAACUCUUGUUAAAAAAAAAAGAAGAAAUAAAGCCAUACAGGCAAACUGAUGUUUUAAUGCUCAUCAGACAUGCUGAUAGGGAGAAAGUACCCAGAUUACAAAAGAGAGAAUUCAUGUUUUCUUUUUAAUGUUUUUUUUUUU